CAUAGGGAGCCUGGUGGCCCAUUGCCCCACAGGUGCCCAGUGAUGGGGCAGGAUGCAGGGGUCCUCAGACACAGACACGACGCCAGUGUCAUGAGUGGGAGUCCCUGCAAGCAAGCAUGCUGCCUUGGGGAUUAAGGUCCAUGUCUUUGCUGUGCACGCUUUCAAGCACCGGCAGUGGAAUGAGCAUGGGUAUAAAGGUCAGUGGUGCAGCAGUCCUGUGAGCAGGGCCAGGCAGAAUUCCACUUCGCCCUUAAAUCCAUGCUUGGAGAAGCUCCAAGAAAAGAUCGGAUGAGCCCUAAGGAGAAAAGGCACAGUGAAAGCUUGCUCUGAAUUCCUUUCUGGCUGCGUUUUGUGUGUUGUCGAGACAGCUGGCCAGCAGGACUGGUAUCGGGGCGGGACACCAUGGUGCACCGAGUGGCUGUAAUCGGGGCAGGGAUCAGCGGGCUGGUGGCCACCAAGUGCUGCCUGGAUGAGGGUUUGGAGCCCACCUGCUUUGAGAGAAGCGAGGACAUCGGGGGGCUGUGGCGCUUUGCAGACAAUGCAGACUGCGGGAGGCUCAGCGUGUACCGCUCCAUCAUCAGCAAUACCUCCAAGGAGAUGUCCUGCUUCAGUGACUUCCCCUUCCCGGAGGAUUUCCCCUCUUUCCUUCCUCACAGCCUCUUCUUGGAGUAUUUCCGCAUGUACGCUCGGCACUUCCAGCUCCUGAGGCACAUCCGCUUCAAGACAACAGUUAUCAGUGUGAGGAAGCGCCCGGAUUUUGCCACCUCAGGCCAGUGGGAUGUGAUCACUGAGACAGAGGGCAUCCAGGAGUCGCACAUCUUUGAUGCUGUCAUGGUCUGCGCAGGAAUCUUUCAGAAGCCCCACCUGCCGUUGGCUUCUUUCCCAGGUAUUGAGACCCGCUUCAGAGGUCAGUACUUUCACAGCCUGGAAUACAGAGAUGCAGCUGCUUUCCAGGGAAAGCGGGUCCUCGUGAUUGGACUUGGGAACACUGCCUGUGAUAUUGCUGUGGAUAUGAGUCAUGUUGCUGCAAAGGUAUUUCUCAGUGCCAGGAGCAGCACGUGGGUGUUCAGCCGGGUGGCAAACGAUGGCUUACCCUGGGACAUGCUCAACACCACGCGCUUUAAUCACUUUCUUGAAUGGCUUCUCCCAUCAGCCAUCAUGAAAAGGAUCAAGAUUUGGAAGAUGAAUUCAUGGUUUAACCAUGAGAUCUACGGCUUGGCUUCUGCUAAAAGUUCCAAUUUUAAAUUCAUUAUCAAUGAAGCGCUGCCAAUUUGCAUGCUCUCUGGAACCAUUGUGCUGAAAUCAAAUGUGAAGGAGUUCACCGAAACUUCAGCCAUUUUUGAAGAUGGAACAACUGAAGAGAACAUCGAUGUGGUGAUCUUUGCCACAGGCUACAAUUUUUCAUUUUCCUUUCUUGAAGAGUCAAUUUGCAACCAACUCAAAAGUAAUCAUACCCUAUAUAAAUGUGUCUUCCCACCCCAGCUGGAAAGGCCAACGCUAGCUGUCAUCGGUUUGGUCCAGCUGACUGGCUCCGUGAUGGUGGGAGCAGAAAUCCAGGCUCGCUGGGUGACAGGAGUCUUUGCAGGCGCAUACAAACUCCCUCCCAGCAGCAAGAUGAUGGCUGAAGUCUCGAAAAAACAGCUGCCAGUCAAAAGGUGUGUGAUGCUCCUGUACUUGGGCUCAUAGUGUGGGCAUAGUGUGAUAUGCCUUUGCACUUCAUAAGCAAAUCAAGCUGAGAAAAGUUGGACCUCUCUCUUGCCAAACCCUUUCUGCUGAUCCAUGCUGAGCUCUGGGAUGAAGCAAACCCUCAGCGAUGUGGGGAGGAAGCAGCACAGCACCCAUAACCUGCAGGUCCCUCUGUGGGUCCUGCACAACCCACCCUCUCUCACAGCACCUCUGCGUGGAGCUUUGUUUUCCUCUAGACAGAGGGUGCCAUCUCGUGGCUUCUCCCUCCCCAGUCUAGGAAACGGGCAGCGUGGGCUGAAGGCCACAUCCCAUCCCCAAAGCCCACUGGAGCUUAGGGGCAGUUUCCUAGCUCAGGCCACUCUGUGGGUUGUGUUUCAGAGACCACAAGCAGGUUAUGGAGACAGAGCCUCUUUCUUGUGCUAGGCCAGCUGUUGAUAACCCUGCAUAAAGGUUCUUUGGGUGC